CAUUUGCUCCAUAGCGCCGGGCUCCUUCCAAAUCCCCCAACUUCACAGCCAAUUCGAAGGUGUUGCUGGAGAUUUUUGUUGCUCCUUGUCUUCUCUCAAGUCUUCAAUCUUCACAAUUUUCUCAUCCGCCGCAUUUGCUCCAUAGCGCCGGGCUCCUUCCAAAUCCCCCAACUUCACAGCCGAUUCGAAGGUGUUGCUAGAGAUUUUUGUCGGUUGCGUGGGCAGCUUCAUUUGCGGCAGGGGCCGCGAUGUCGGCAGUUUCAUUGUGGAGAGGCGGGGCGGAAGGGAGGGAAGUCUUCACUCCAUUCUUCACAAAAGAUCUGACCUACGAAGAAGAAGAAGAAAAAGGGGCAAGACCUACGAAGAAGAAGAAGAAAGUAAAAGGGAGUUGGGGAGAUGAGAGGCGUUCAAUUGUCGUUGAACAAGACCCAGAAGCUUAGACUGGAAACGGCACUUGAGAAGUUGGAAUCCCUUUCCUCCAGCACCAGCAACAAUUCUAAUGCCUCCGUCACAGUCGCCGACACCAUUCCCAUCAAUUACGAAGACGGCGUUCUCAAGGGGCAUGGGACGUCGGAGAUGGAUGGCCGGGUGGUGGCAACCAUCUGCGGAUUGGUUGAGCGCGUGAAUAAGCUUGUCUAUGUUCGUGCUCUCAGGGCAAGAUACAAACCUGAGAUAGGUGAUAUUAUUGUUGGCCGUGUUAUGGAGGUGGCUCCUAAGCAUUGGAGAUUGGAGAUCAAUUUCAGCCAAGACGCAGUAUUGAUGCUUUCUUCAAUGAACUUGCCUGAUGGCAUCCAGAGGCGCCGAACUGCAGUCGAUGAACUCAACAUGCGCAGUAUAUUUGAAGAGAAUGACAUUGUUUGUGCUGAAGUCCGUGGUUUCCAGCAUGAUGGAAGUCUGAACUUACAAGCAAGAAGUCAGAAGUAUAGAAAGCUUGAUAGAGGUCAAUUACUCAGAAUCUCCCCUUAUCUGGUGAAGAGGCGUAAACAACAUUUCCACCACCUAGACCAGUAUGGAGUUGACUUGAUACUUGGCUGUAAUGGAUUCAUUUGGGUUGGUGAACAUGUUGAAGCCAAAGAUGACAUGGUACUGGAUCAAAUGAUCAAAUCCGAGCAAGAAAAUGCCAGUUUAAGUGGUUCAGUCAGUUCCCGUGAACAAGAACAAAGUCACACAUCAAUAGAGAUUAGGCAACAUAUAUGUAGAAUAGCAAAUGCAGUCAGAGUACUAUCCACUCUAGGUUUCAUGGUUACUGUGGAAUUGAUAACUGAGUUAGUUGAUUUGAGCAUCUCGCAUAAUCUUGAUAUACAUGAGAUGCUUGGGGCAGAAUUUUACGUCGUCGUUGCUGAGAAAGAAGCUGAACGUCGAAGCCUGGCAACUAAAAAGAGAUGAAAUCCUGACCCUGUAGUUUAAGAUUAGUGUUUGAUUUAUAAAUGCCUAUAACUGGUGGCAAAAGCCAUCUCUCCGAAGAGAGAGUUAGAGAAAAGAGAUUCAGUUUGUUGCAAUCAUCUUUGCUUUUAACUAAAUUUAAAUGUGUUCUCUGUUGAGAUAUUUUUGAACCA